AUGGAUCAAUCAAUUUGUGAAGAAGCAUCGUACGACACUGCAUAUGAUAUGAGUGAUCAUUCUAAUUCCACCGACGUUAAUGCCUCGUCUCUGAGGAAAGAAUCUGUAGACGUUAUUCAAUUAGAGGAUAAUGCAACGGCACUGAAUCAUGAGUUGUCCGAUCACACUGGAAUUCCAAUAGAGGAAAUCCCAUACGUAGGAUUGAGAUUUGUUUCCUUGCAGCAGGCACAAGAGUUAUAUUCUAAUUAUGUAAAGAAAGUUGGGUUCAUGAAUAGGAUUAGGAAUACCAACUUUGACAAGACCAGGAAGGAAUCAAGGACACCCAUUAACCAAUCGAUACACUGCAGUCGUAAAGGUUAUCGGGAGUCUCGAGUGAAGGCAGCAACUCGGGUAAAGAGAAUAACAACAGCCAGAUGCAAAGCAAGGAUGUACGUGAUGCUUGAUAGGCAGAAGGAUAAUUGGAUGGUGUCCAAAUUAGAAUUGAAGCAUACGCACCUGUGUUCUACCAAGCAAGUUGUGCAUUAUACUAAGUAUAGAGAACUGACUAUGCAUACCAAGUGUGUGAUUCAGGACAACGAUAAGGCUGGCAUACGGCCCAAUAAGACUUAUCUCGCACUGGCGAACGAGGUUGGUGGCUCGUCGAAUUUGUGUUACUCAGAAAAGGAUGUGAGAAACUACAUUACGAGCAAUCUACGCUGUGCUGACGAAAACGCAGAUGUGAAGAUUAUGCAGGGCGUCCUAUGA